UCGUCCGUCAGUCACAGGGAGACACCCACGCAACUACGGGACAAACAGGGCGAGUUAACCUGGCUGCGAGUCUUUGGAGUGUGGGAGGAAGCUGGGGAACCAGAGAACCCUGGCAGAACAAACAAGGUCAUCACAGAAAGAUCCUCCAACCCACCAAGCGUUUUGCUGUGAGGCACCAGAGCGCAUCAAUGAUCUGUAAUUCAAUGCCGAAUCACACAAACUCAGUCAUGUUUCGUAUAAACAAUUUAAAUCGCGUUUCGUAAAUUUUGCGUGAAUCCAGAUUUAUGUAUCGAGGUUCAUGGUGGGAUGUGGGGCCCCGUCCCCCUGUCCUGAAAAUGUCCCUGAAAAGAAAGCUGUCCACGGAGGUGGCCUGAAAACCCGCAUCAAGCUACACACAGUAAGCGACAAAGGCGAAGUCAUCAGAAAAAAAAACUCGCUUUCAAAAUAAAAGACCGACAGUCUAAUACGUUGUCUUCCAUAAAAAACAGCAAUUAUGAAUUAUUAAAAAAUAAUCCAGUCCUGAGCACCUUUGUUUCAUUUACCGGCUUUAUCUGGACAUAAAAGCCUCGUUAAGGCCAGUUUACUGUACUUAAAAAAAAUACACUGAGGCUGAAAUCAAUGUCUUAUUGUGGGUAACCAGAGUUCCGUCACAGAUAUAUUUACGUAAUUUCCUGUCAUACACGACAACUUAAACAAAGAUUCAAUUCAUGAAGGUAAAACCUAAUAUCCAAGUUUGUACCGUAAACGUUGUAACCAAAAUUUUACUUUCAAUUAUGCGGCAGGAAGUGUUGUGUGCUUCCCGACGGUUGAUAGAGCUUGGGAAAGCAGAGCAGUGGUGACUGUGCAUGUCGGUGCUCAGAUGAAAGAGGAUGCAGGGAGCUCUCCGACGGCGGCCAGCCAUCCUCGUCCUCUUCUCGCGCAGUCCUCUCUGCAGUCAGGGCCUUUUCCCCUGAGCCCGCAGCACCAUGGGAAGUUCCACUUCCUCCAUUGUCGAGGAAGUCGAGGGCGAAGCCGCGGCCCGGGGCGCCGCCAUGCCCCCCUCUCCCAUCAUGGGAUGCCUGAGGAGCAGCCAGAGCACCUUCCUCCCUCGGCAGCUGCCCAGACCCGGCAGGCACAGGGAGCGCAGCUUCUCGUCUGGUUCGAUGCCCAUGCAGAGGAGCCAGUGGGCCUGUGGCUGCUGUACUUUUCUAAACGCAGCUGGUGCCCCGCGCUGUUCCAUCUGCGAGGCCCCUCGGCGAAGGCCAGACGCCCGGUGGAUGUGGAGCGGGACCAGCAGGGAGGGCUGCUGGGCCUGCCCACGCUGCACGCUGGCCAACCCCCUGACCGCCUGUCCUGCUCGUUGUGUGGCUACGCCGAAACGCCGGCCGGACCCCACGACUCGUCCGCGGAGCAGCCUCGGCCCCAGCGCUCCAGCAGCUGCUCUGGCUCUCUGAGGCCGUCGUCGAGUGAGCCGUGCAGGCGGCAAAACAGAAGCCAGUCGGAGGACAGCCUGGUGUGGGACUGUUUGAGGUGCACGCUGCAGAACACCCCUACCUCCAUGUCCUGCUCUGCUUGCGGGGGGCCGCGCAAAUUGUCUCUCCCUCAGAUCCCUGCAGAGGCCUUGCUCAUGCCUGAGGUGGGUGACCACACAGCAGCGCAGCAAGCAGAACCUGCAGCCGGGGCGCUUUCGCUUUCCAUAUCAACCAGAGGGGAGUGUUUACCGGUGGAAGCUUCGUAUCUGAGCACAAACUCCUCACAGAGCAGUGUUUCAUCCUCAGGACAUAAUAAUGCAGUCCCGUGCAGCCGCAGAGAAGUUCCACCUCCAGAUGUUUGCCACAGCUUAAGCCCUUCUCCAUCCGCCCUUGCUGCUUCCCAUCUGCCCGCGCAGCCAGAGGUCCUGGCAGGCCGACGGCUGAGCACCCUGAAAGAGGAAUUGUCACCUCUGUCGCCUGCAUCGGACGCAGCCACAGUGUUUCCACCGUUUGAGGGUGUUGAUCACGGGACAGAGGAGUGGCCGUGCCCGGCAUGCACCCUCAUCAACCCAGGCCAGGCCAAAUACUGCCUGGCCUGCCACACUCCUCAGCAGCACACUGCAGAGCCCCCGGUCUCCCCGAAGAAGAAGGAGAGCAUGCUGGUGGAGGAGCUGCGACAGAGCGACGAGGGCGAGGCCAAGCAGCUGUGGGAGAACAUUGUCAGCUUCUGCAGAGAGAACUCGGUGACGUUUGUGGAUGACAGUUUCCCUCCUGGUCCAAAGUCUGUGGGCUUCCCAGUGGAUGAUAGCGUCCAACAUCGGGUCAAAAAGUGGCUUCACCCCCAUGAAAUCAACUGUUGCAACUUCAGAGACCGCGGCAUAAAGUGGUCCGUGUUCCGCACACCUCGCCCGUCUGACAUCCUGCAGGGACUUCUGGGUAACUGCUGGUUCCUCAGUGCCUUAGCUGUUCUGGCCGAGCGUCCCGACCUGGUGGAGAAAGUGAUGGUGACCCGCUCGCUGUGUGCAGAAGGAGCCUACCAGGUGCGACUCUGCAAGGACGGGUCUUGGACCACGGUGCUGGUGGACGAUAUGCUGCCGUGCGACGAGAGCGGCCACCUCCUCUUCUCUCAGGCUCAGCGGAAGCAGCUUUGGGUGGCUCUAAUAGAAAAAGCUUUGGCCAAGCUCCACGGUUCCUAUUUUGCUCUGCAGGCAGGUCGCGCUAUCGAGGGCCUAUCCACGCUGACCGGGGCCCCAUGUGAAUCUCUGGCCCUCCAGGUCAGUGCCACCAACCCUAAAGAAGAGCCCAUCGACACGGACCUCAUCUGGGCCAAAAUGCUGAGCUCUAAAGAAGCAGGUUUUCUGAUGGGAGCAUCUUGUGGAGGAGGUAACAUGAAGGUGGAUGACACAGAGUAUGAGUCUCUGGGUUUACGUCCCCGACAUGCCUACUCUGUUCUAGAUGUGCGAGAUGUUGACGGACACAGAUUACUGCAGCUGAGAAACCCAUGGGGCCGGUUCUCCUGGACCGGGCCCUGGGCCGAUGACUGGCCCAACUGGCCUCCACAGCUAAAGAGGGAACUCUGCGCUCAGCGAGCUGAGGACGGACUGUUCUGGAUUGACUUCUGGGACUUCAUCAGCUACUUCGAUUCCGUCGAUAUCUGUAAGAUUCACUCAGACUGGCAGGAGGCUCGAGUACCAGGGAUUUUUCCUCGAGGGGCUGACGUCCCGGUGACGGUGGUAUCAAUCACGGUGCUGGAAAGGACGGCUGUGGAGCUGGCUUUGUUCCAGGAGGGCAGCAGACGAUGGGACACAGCAGAGAGCCACCUGUUAGACUUGUGCGUGUUGGUGUUCAGGGUCGCCUACGACAACUCGGGGACUAUGACGCUGGGUCGCCUGCUGGCUCACAGCCGGCGCUCUGUGAGGCGGUUCGUGGGCUGUGACAUCAUGCUGGAGCCAGGCGAAUACGCUGUGCUCUGCUGUGCUUUCAACCACUGGCACAGCACUGUCACUGAAGGGACAACCAGCUGUGGCAGAUCAGAGGCACCCGGUUACAUACUGGCGGUGUACAGCUCCAGACUGGUGAUGGUGGAGCAGGUAACAGCCUCUAACACAGCCAUCGCUGAUGCCAUCAUCCAGUUAACAGAGAGUAAAGGAGAAAGACAUGAGGGUCGAGAGGGGAUGACCUGUUACUACCUGACACACGGCUGGGCAGGGCUCAUCGUCAUGGUGGAGAACAGACACCCCAGACACCACUUGCACGUCUCCUGCGACUGCAGUGACAGCUUCAAUGUAGUGUCAACGCGCAGCAGCCUCAAAACUGUCGACAGCAUCCCUCCUCUACACAGACAGGUGCUUGUAGUUUUGUCCCAGCUGGAGGGAAACGCAGGCUUCUCUAUCACACACAGACUGGCUCACCGUAAGGCUGUGCAGGCUUCUCUGGGAAACUGGAGUCCCUCAAAAGCAACACACAGUCCCGCGCUGAGCCCAGAGACCACAGGGCUGCAUCAGCCUCGACCCCUCUGACUGUUAAGCGUGAAAUUCACACCCAGUGAGUAAUAAUGGGAGAAAUCAGAAGACUGCUUGGUUUAUACAAAAACUGUUUAACUACACAUCAACUCAAAAUCAGAAAUGAUGCCACUUGUUGAGUUAAGCUAAAAGAAUGCAAUACAGUGUGCAUCACUGUGGACACUGUCUGUGGACCAUCCAGGGUAUUGAGAUCAUUAAAUUCAACCUGUGAGAUCAUUUACUGCAUAUAUCUUUAGAAAGACAUUUUGUGAACACAUGAUGCACUUUACAUUUUACAUUCCAGGACAUUAGUUGCCCUGGUGAUGAAGAACAGAAGCUAAGUUAUGUUUGUAGUCCACGUGUGUGGACAGGCUGCCCACAAUAAGACAAACACAAACAUGAUGUGUAUAUUCCCCAGUCUGCUUUUCAUCUUGCAGUCUUUAUACAUGCUGGUAAAUAAAGUGUUCUAGUCUAGAGAUUCAGCAGAAAGUUGCUGUGUGAUUGCAUUAGCACUUUAUGAAUUUCAAUCAAUGCUGCAUCCUUGUGUUUUAUUCAAGAGGAAAUAUUUUAAAAUGUUCUUAUGAAUCCAAAACCAUGCUAAUGUUGUUGGAAAGAACAUCAAUACUAUGCAAAUGUUUAAAGCAGAUAUGAUGCCUACUCAAUAAAAUGUGUAUAGCUCUUUA